AUGAUUACGUCUCGUUUACCAAGCAAUGUGAUAGAAAGAAAAGAUGUCGAACAAUUUUAUGAAAAAGCUUUUGAAAAAAAUCAACUAGGAGUUCCUCACAAUCAUAUCAAUGGUCGACUUCAAUAUCCAUCUCAUCUUUGUGGUCUAACGAUUGAAAUUCUUGGAAUUGGAGAAGAAGAAGCUGCUGGAGAUAUUGCUUUGUCUUCUGCAGAUCAUUCAUUUGAAUCAAGUGAACAUGAUUAUAUCAAUUAUCGACAAACGAAAGUACGAGCUUUUAAUUCUGCAUCAUAUAAAAAAGAAAAAUGGCUGUAUGAAACACCAGAAAUGAUUAAUAAAUGUAACACGAAAGAAGAACUUUCAUUUUUCAAUCACGAAUCAACCGUUAUUCGACCAGUAAAUAUUCUAUUAGAUAUUAAACAAAUGAUAUUAAUCGGUGGAAUUGCAAGAAUUGAUGUUAAACAUGUUAGUUCAUGA